AUGGACGAUGAUGUGAGCUCGCUGUUGGUUGACCGGAUGCGGGACGCCACAGGCUCUGCGCCGCGCAGUGGAGGAGAGGACAUCGCGGCCCGCAAGCAAGAGCUGCAGCUGAGACAACAGGUGCAGAUGGUCCAGGAUACGCUACAGACCAACGCUUUCACACCUGUGGUGGUCUCGGACACGGUGGUGGAGGGUGGAUCGCACAUCCGGCCCGGCGUGCUGCAGGUGUACCUGGACAAGACAGUGUACAGGGCUUCUAACAUGAACCAGCUGCUCCAGCAGGCCGAUACGUUUCACCGCCUGCUGACCGCGCACUCGCUUGCGGAUGCUGCAGAGCAGACGCUGGAUGCUCGCGGCGUGCACCGGGCCGCGCUCAGCUCGACGCAGAUCCCAAGCCAUUUCCACAGCAAUGAUGCGCCAUACGAGCUGAGCGUGCUGGACGUUAUCCACCGCGUGGCCCUCAAGCCCGUCAGCAGGUUCCGCGCGAAAACGGGCACCAACGUCGGCAACGGCGAGGGCGACGGGUACCUACAGUUCCAGUGGCGGAAUAUACUUGGCGGCGGAGAGAGGCUGACAUUGGAUGCAACGAAGGGCACGAAAACGCACUCAUCGUACCUCCUGAACUUCAAUGCGCCGGUGUCCACUUGGUGGCUCGGGGACCUGAGCCUGUUCAAAAAUGCGACCCAAUUGGGCGGACUAGAGCUGUUCUCGCUCGGCACGCGCGCCUCGUUGCGCAGCUGCUUCUUCGGCCUCCGGAGCUGGAACCACGAGCUGCACGCAGAGCAGCUUUGGUGUACCACCGGCUGCAUCAACGGCCUGGCAUCUGACGCAUCACUGUUGCAGUGUGGAGACGACGUCAAGACCUCGCUGUCCUACGUGCUAAGCUCAGACACCCGGGACAGCGCCGUCUUCGCGUCGACUGGCCGUCUGCUGAGAUGGGCGAGCGAAUUGGCGCUUGGGUCCUACGCAAAGACGCAGGUCCAACUGUCCGAUGCAGUGUCCUGGGGGGCGGGCGACUUCUUAACCCUUUCUACGACGCUCAAGGCCGGGUACAUCAAGAACCUGCAGCCGGGGCUGAGGCCGAUCCACAUCCGCGAUAAGUUCCACUGCGGCGGCGCCAACGACGUGCGCGGCUUCCAGUUGAUGGGCCUGGGGCCCAAGGACGCGCAGGACUCUCUCGGCGGCGAUGCCUUCCUGACGUACGGCCUCAGCCUGUUCUCGCGUCUGCCCGUGCAGCGGUGGGCCGGCUCGGACUUCCGUCUGCACUGGUUCCUCAACGGUGGCCGGCUGCUCAGCCAUAACGGCGCAAGCCUCCUGGACGUCGGCACCACGCUGCUGGAGGAACACUCGAUCUCGUGCGGGACGGGCCUGCUCUUCCAGCACCCCGUCGCGCGCUUCGAGCUGAACUUCACGCUGCCGCUGGCGACGCAUUCGUCGGACACCGCUCGCAAAGGAUUCCAGUACGGGAUCGGUGUAUCGUUCCUGUGA